AUGAAGUUCUUCAUCUUCUCGUUUCUGCUUGCCAUGCUCGCUGCCUGCGUCGUCGGCACUGCGCCCACAAAGUCGGUCCUGAUCAGCGCCGACAGCGCCGGCGUUAUCGACCACGCUAUCCAGUGGAUUGAGGACCAGGAGGGUGUCGUUCUUCACAAGUACACACUGAUCCACGCCUUCCUCGCCAGCGCGCCCGCUAGUGUCUUCGAGAAAGCCAAGGAUACUUUCACGACGAACAACUGGGGCGACUUGGUCAUGGAGGAAGACCAGGAGGUUCACGCGUGGAAUGAGGGCGCGAACUAG